GAGCACUUCACUCUUGUGGCUCUGUCUAAUCGUCUCCACUGCAAAAAAAACAAAACAAAAAAAACACGCGAUAAAAAGCGGGGAAAUUCAGUUCACCGACUAAAGCAAGUCUCCGUUGAAAACCCGAUGCAAUCUACUCACGGCGACGGCGGCGGUGAAGGAGGAAGUGGAGAGGCGAGUAGAAGUGGGUUAUCUAGGAUCCGUUCAGCUCCGGCGACUUGGAUUGAAACCCUACUCGAGGACGAUGAAGAAGAAGACGAUUUGAAACCUAACCUCUGUUUGACUGAGCUUCUUACCGGAAACUCGACUCGUGACUCAUUUGAGUUCCCGAGCUCCUCCUCCGUUGAGCAGGGAUUGUACAGUCACCAAGGCGGUGGCUUUCACCGUCAAAAUAGCACUCCGGCGGAUUUUCUCAGUGGCUCUGGAGCUGGGAGCGAUGGGUAUUUCUCAAAUUUUGGGAUUCCGGCGAAUUACGAUUACUUGACGCCGAACGUUGACAUUGCUGCGGCGAGUAAACGGUCGAGGGAAAUUGAAGCUCACUUCUCUUCUCAGAUGAAAGAAGAGCAAAUGAGUGGUGGUGUGUCAGGAAUGGUGGAUAUCAACAUGGAUAAGUUUCUUGAGGACUCGGUUCCUUGUAGGGUUCGUGCUAAACGUGGUUGUGCAACUCAUCCUCGUAGCAUUGCUGAACGGGUGAGGAGAACGCGAAUUAGUGAUCGGAUCAGGAAGCUGCAAGAACUUGUUCCUAACAUGGAUAAGCAAACCAACACUGCAGACAUGUUAGAAGAAGCUGUGGAGUAUGUGAAAGCUCUUCAAAGCAAGAUCCAGGAGUUGACAGAGCAGCAGAGGAGGUGCAUAUGCAAACCUAAGGAAGAACAAUAAGGUUUCCUUAGGAUUGAUAUAUAAGUAUUUUUUUUUAAUCUACAAAUGGUGAUGAUCGGUUCGAAAAUUCGAAACAUGAUCCUAUAUGGAACUAGAAAAAAUAGAUUAUAUGAUGUAUGAAUCUAAGCUGUAAAAGUUUUGUACAAUAAGGAGAAAAGUUCAAAAAAAUGAAUAUGUACGCAUGUUCUUCAUAUAAGUGGGGGAAGUAAAAUUGGUUUGGUGUU